UUCUGGGCAGGCAGUUAGAGGCAGCUGCCCCAGGGCCUGGAUUUGGGCAGGGAGAUGCUGGGGUUAAACAAGGAAAGAAAAACGGCCUCCCGCCUGAGCUAUGGCAUGGACCUGAGAGCCACAACACAGUCCCUGGUGGCACUCGCAGAGGACAAUGCUGCGUACUUUGCCAGCCAGGGUCCCGGGGAGACGGCCCGCCGCCUCGUGGCAACCUUCACGGCGAUACGGGAGCAGGCAUUGGGACUAGAGCCGGCCCUGGGCCAGCUGCUGGGCGUAGCCCACCUCUUUGACCUGGAUGCCGAGACGCCCGCCAACGGCUACCGCAGCCUGGUACACACGGCGCGCUGCUGCCUCGCCCACCUGCUCCACAAGGCCCGCUAUGUGGCCUCCAGCCGCAAGAGCAUCUUCUUCCGCGCCGGCCACAACCUGGCCGAGCUGGAGGCGUACCUGGCGGCCCUGACGCAGCUGCGAGCCCUGGCCUACUAUGCCCAGCGCCUGCUGGCCACCAACCGUCCGGGCGGCCUCUUCUUUGAGGGUGAUGGGGGGCUCAACGCAGACUUCCUCAGAGAGUACGGCACCCUGCACAAGGGCUGCUUCUACGGCCGCUGCUUGGGCUUCCAGGUGAGGGCCCCCGGCCACAGCCACGGCUGCAGGGGGGCUGGGCAGGGCACUGCUUUGCUGAAGCCUUCUCCCCAUGGGGCAGGUGAGGGAAGGGCCGUAGAUUAG